AUGCUUAAUGGACCAACUGUCCUAUUAAAAAAUAGUACAACAUCAUUAUGUAAUCCAGUAAUCAAUAAUUUAUCAUCAAGAUCAUCAUCAUCAUUAACAUCAACAAAUAAUAAUAAUACUAAUCAUAAUGAUAAUGAUCAAAUUAAACCUGAUCUAUCUCAAUCAUCAUCAUGUUUAUCAACUACAUUAUUUACUAAUUAUUCAAUGCAUCCAAUUCAUAAUCAUUCUAUAUACACUACAAAUCUAUCAUCAUCCAUUAACUAUGAUAAUACUACUACUACUACAUUGAAUCAUCAUAAUCAAGCAUAUCAACUAUCAGAUUCAUUAAAAAGAACCCAUUUCAAUUGUCCUAAUGAUACCUUAUUCAUUAAUCAAAUUAUAAAGGAUAACAUUAAAUCAUCGGAACAAUUAACAUCAACUAUAAUGAUAAAAAAUGAUGACAUAAUACAGAUUAGACGAAGAUUACCACCAUUAGGUAAAAGUGAUAGUAGUGAAACAGGUCUACAAAUCAAUAAUAAUAAUAAUAAUGAAACUAAUAGUAGUAUUGUUACUACGGCAACUAAAAUUGUCAUUGAACCUGAUCCUAAUGAAAAGAAUAGUAAUAAUAAUGACAAUAUUGGUCAACAUAAAACUAUUGAAGAAGGUGAUAUAAGUAAUGAAGAAAUUACUAGUGGAAAAAUGUUACUAAGUCAAUCAGAUUCAGUGAACAUUGAACAUAAUGAAUUAACAAAAUCAACUAUUCCAAUCUCAUCAUAUUCUAGUCUACGUGAUAUUGAUAAUGAUCAAAAUAUGUGCCGUUAUUGUCAUAAUCGAUUACCAAGUUGUACACAUCAAUUAAAUUUACUCCAACCUACCAUUACCACUACUAAUUUUAAUAAUAAUAAUAAUAAUAGUUUAUCGACCGGUAUGAUGGGUACUCGACAAAAAUCCACAUCAACUAUACCAUCAUCUUCAACAUAUGAGAUUAGACCAAAUACAACAGGGAAAUUAUCAGAGUAUAAGCAUGAAUCUUAUGAUCCUUUAUCUAAUCAUGAUAAUCAUUCUUAUUAUUACAAUAAUAUUAAUCAUCAUAAUGAUAUAGAUAAUAGUAAAUUAUUAUUUCCAGCAAAUUUCUGUCAUGAUAAUUUACAUAUUAUAACACCAAGUCAAUGUUCAAUUAAUUAUGUAACAAAUGUUCAAUGUUCAUCACCAUCAUCAUCAAAUCUUGCAUAUCAUGAGCUCAAUCAAUCAAAUCUUCCAUAUACUACUUCAAUCACCACCACAACCACCACCACCACAACAACAACUAAUACUACUACUAAUAAUAAUAUAAGUAGUAUAAAUGAAAAUAAUCAUGUACAAAGCUUGAAUUAUCUCUAUAGUGAAACAUUUAAUACUUCAAAUCAUUUGAAUACACAUUGUGAUAGAAGAAAUUACACAAGGGAAACACUUUUGAUACAUACUGACAAUAGUAUUGAUAAUAAUAAUAAUAAUAAUAGUAAUAAUCAUACAAAAUCUUGUAUAAAAACGGAUCGAUCUCCUUCCGAUAAUAAUGAUAAUAAUAAUAAUAAAGAGAAACCUCAACAUUAUAAAUCAAUUAUUCGUAAUAGUAUUCCAAGUUAUUCUAUUCUACGUGGUACAUUAAGAAGUUAUAUCUCUGAAGCAACAUAUAAAACUAGUAGUAAUCGUAAUAUUAAAACAAUAAAUCAUCAACAUACAAUUACUGUACCAAUAGAUUCAACGAAUUCAUGUCAAGAUUCCUUGAUACCAAUCAAUAAUAACAAUAAUAACAACAACAACAAUAACAACAACAACAACAACGGUAGUAAUAAUAAAAGUACCAAACAUACAAAUGAACAUUUUGAUACAAUCAUUGAAGAUAAACAUAAUGAAGAAAUGAUUAUUAACAAUGAAGUAUCCACAACAAGACGUAGUUUAAAUUCAACAACUAAUACAAAUCAAAUUAUACAAGAUCCAAGAUCAAGAACAUGUUGUUUUUGUUGGUGUUGUUGUUGUUCAUGUUCAUGUAUGCGUGUACGUGCAAAUCUUGGUGAAUCCAAAAGACCAUCUGCAUCCAAUGAUCCACAAUCAACAGUAGAUUGUCAAAUUUCCGAUGAAAAGGUAACAUUAGAAGAAUUAGAGAAAUGGGCAGAAUCAUUUGAUAUAUUAAUGAGAAGUUCAAGUGGUCAGAAAACAUUUCGUGAAUUUCUUCGAUCUGAAUACAGUGAAGAGAAUAUAAUGUUUUGGUUAGCAUGUGAAGAUAUUAGAAAAGAAAGUAAUUUAGAGAUUGUAGAAGAAAAAGCUCGUAUUAUUUAUGAAGAUUUCAUUUCAAUAUUAUCACCACGUGAAGUUAGUUUAGAUUCACGUGUACGUGAAAUAAUCAAUUCUAAUAUGAUAGAACCAACACCGCAUAUAUUUGAUGAAGCCCAAUUACAAAUUUAUACCUUAAUGCAUAGAGAUUCAUAUCCACGUUUUUUAAAUUCUAAAUUAUAUAAAGAUAUGAUUGAAGAAAUGAAGAAUGGACAAAGUUGA